AUGUCGCGCAACUAUACAGCUGGUCAGUUUGAACAGACAUUUGCACCGAAACGUUUGCAAAUGUAUCAAGUGCCACGAGAACCUCAGCCAGGCCUGUAUGCCAAAGGAUCAACGACAAGCGAUUCAAAACAGUUUCUUACAGACAAUCAUGGGCAUUUAUUGCCCGGAGUUGGAAAAUCCAAACGAUCACCAUUUGGAGAGUUUUUAGGUACAUGGGAUUUACCGAAAAGAAUUCCCGUUCCUCUUCAUAUUGAUCCAACCGGACGAACAGAAAAGAAUUUUCAACUGCUUUGUGCACAACGUGAACGAACCUUAGAAGAAAUGGAAAAGGCGCGAGUUUAUAAAAAGGAAAAUUCCUCGUGUCAUUCGAACAAAAAUCCUACCGAUAACUGA